GCUUCGAAGAGAUUCUGGUGCAAUCUGGAGGGAAUUUGCACAUUUUUUCCAAGAUCACUUUCAGUAAGGUAGAAGAGCCCCCGGAGCAGGAAGUGAGGGUGACUCUGGACUCUGGAGACGAUGGAGACAACACUAAACGAUCAUGUCUCGUUCACCCAAAACAACCCGCUGUUUGACAUGUCACUGAGCCGGAGUGAUCUCUACAGCUUCCAGCCUGACGAUCUGAAGCCAGCGAGGCCCAGAAGACCGUGGUGUUUAUACGUUAUCGUCAUUUACCUCAUCCUGCAGACCGCCCUCAACGCCUUCCUCGUUUAUAAAGUUUUCACGUUGCAGUCUUCAGUGUCUGGCCCCCGAACACAGAGGCUGACGUCCAAUGACAUUUCUCUGGGUGGAGAAGAUGAUGACAAUGUCCUCCAGACUCUGCUCCGAAACAACAGUCAGGAAACCAAGACCCUGAGGAGCCACCUGUGGACACUGCAGAGCCAGGUCAAGAGCAUGUGUGGAGAGGAGGGUCAGCUGGACCGACUGAGAUCGGACCUGAAGCUGCUCAACACCAGCACCCAGAACAUGGAGGACAAACUGACAAACAUCAGCCGCACAGCAGGACUUCCUGGUCCUCCAGGUAGAGAUGGACCAUCAGGAGCACCAGGACUGAAAGGCCCCAAAGGUGACAGUGGUGUCGUUGGACCUCAAGGACCAAAGGGGGAACAAGGACUCAAAGGAGAACAAGGAACACCAGGAGCUGCUGGUCCUAGCGGUCCACCUGGGCCCCAAGGAACCCCAGGAGAUCAGGGACCAGGUGCAAAGGGAGAGAAAGGAGACACUGGAGCUGAAGGUUCUCGUGGAGACAAAGGUGACAGGGGGAGCGCUGGAGAAAAAGGAUCUGCUGGGGUUCCUGGAGCUCCUGGAUCCGAUGGACAAAAAGGAGACCCAGGGAGCAUCGGUCCACAGGGACCUCCAGGUGUCGCGGGACCUCCUGGUGCCAAAGGAGCUCAAGGACCUCAAGGACCCAAAGGAGCCAAGGGAGACCAAGACAUGAUCGUACGUCUGGUGCCGAGUGGACGGCGAGGUCGAGUGGAGGUGAAGAACAACGGCGUCUGGGGCACCGUGUGUGACGACAGCUUCGACACCACUGAUGGGACGGUGAUCUGUCGGAUGCUGGGCUACACCAGAGCUUCUUCUGUCUUUCCCGCCGAAGCAGGGUCCGGUCAGAUCUGGCUGGAUGAGCUGCGAUGCACAGGAACAGAGUCGAGCAUCUUCGACUGCCCACAUUCUGGAGUCGGUACCCACAACUGUGGACAUGGUGAGGACGUCGCGGUGCAGUGUGUCUAGAAUGGCACCAACGAAGAAGAACAGUGUCUGAGCUUUUGAUGGGUUGACUGGCAGGCUCAGUCUCACGGGGGAAAUAAGUCACAGAGCUGCACUGCUGCUAAUGAUGUUCACAGCUGGUUCUUAUUACAUAUUCAUAAAACACAGCAUUUUAAAUGCAUUCAGCCCAGUUUCACUUUGUAACCAAACACAUUAGCUUCAAUGAAUGUAGACAAAAUAUCCUGCAAAUAAAACUUUGUGGAAUCAAACUC